AUGUCCAGACCCAAUUCAACCCGAGCCGAUGCCGCCAGACCCAAUCGAAACCGCGACCGAUGCCCAGACCCUCCAAUUCGAACCCCGAACCGAUGCCCAGAACCCACUUCGAACCCGAUCCGAUGCCCAGACCGCAAUUCUAACCCGAAAACGGAUGCCCAGACCCAAUUGAACCCGGCCGAUGGCCAUACCCAAUCGAACCCGAACCGAUGCCCAUACUCAAUUCCGACCCACACCUAUGCCCAGACCCAAUUCGGCACCCGACCGAUGCCAACCCAAUCUAACCCGACCGAUGGCCGCAGAACCAAUUCGAACCCUAACCGAUCCCUAGACCCAAUUCGAACCCGACCGGAAUGCCGCAGACCCCAAUCGAACCCGAACCGAUGCCCAGACCCAAUUCGAAACCCGACCCUAUGCCCAACCCAUUCUAAACCCGAGCCAAUGCCCAUACCCAAUUCGAACCCGAACCGAUAA